AUUUUUUCCAAAUGUAAAGUUAAGUUUAGCAAAUACCACGGAAACAAUAGACCAAAUUUGUUUUUAUUUUUCACUUAAUUUUUUGUUUCAUGCCUGAAGGUAAAAAAAUUGUAAUCCCUAAUGCCGCAUUGGUGACAAUCGGUGUAGGCCUAGCGUGUGUUAUUUUUAAAAACCGCAGCAAAAUUAUACAAAGCCUCAAGUAUGCGUACGACUUUCGAAACCCGCUGCGGCACAAGCAUAUCGAAGUGAUUGAAACUACUGAUGACUGCCAAAGAAUUGUUUCAACUCUCAAAAAACAUUGCAAUGAAUACAGAGUUUUGGGAUUCGAUUGUGAAUGGGUGACGGUAGGUGGGAAACGCCGACCAACAGCUAUGCUGCAAUUAGCCACACACAAGGGUCUCUGUGCUUUGAUACGUCUUUGCAGUCUUAAAACAAUUCCCAUAAGUCUUCGGGAACUUCUCGAAGAUGACAAAGUCAUUAAAGUUGGUAUUGGUGCACAUGAUGAUGCUGGGAAAUUGUCAUUCGACUAUGGUGUUGGUGUAGCUAGUACUUUCGAUUUAAGAUAUUUAGCAGCUUUGACUAAUAAUAAAUCGGAAGGUUUGGCUAAAAUGUCCAAGUCAAUUUUAAAUGUUCCUCUAGAUAAGAAUUGGCGAUUAGUUUGCUCGGAUUGGGAAGCCUCUAAACUAUCAACUUCUCAAAUAGAAUAUGCCGCCAAAGAUGCAAUGGUUGCUAUUGAAAUAUUCAAAAACUUAUCCAAUGUACUUAAAAAGAGACGAUUUUGGCAAGGCUAUAACAACAAUUUGGAAUGUGUUCUUCAAGAAAUUGACGCAUUCUUGGAUGUUAGGUUCAAAGAAAGUUUUUCCAAACAGAGCGCACUUGUUGGAAAUUCACCUGGUUCAAAAAAACUCGCUCAAAUAGGACUUAAAAAACCCCUGAGUAGGGGAAUUAGUACAAGAUCGAAAACUUUGUAUGACAAUUGUUUGUUGGAAGCUCCAGAUGGUGAGCUGCUCUGCACUUGUGACCGAAAGAAAGCUCAAUGGUACGUUGAUCAAAAUUUAGCUCAACAAGUCAACACAGACCCAUACACGGUGCGUUUAAAUUUCGAGCCUGCAGGUCGAGCUGUUGGUGAAGUUGGACGUUAUUAUCAAACACCAAAAGAGAAUCAAUGUGUGGUAUGCGGUAGAAAAGAUGCUUAUAUUCGAAAAAAUAUAGUUCCUAGAGAAUAUCGAAAACAUUUUCCUGUCGUUAUGAAAUCACACACCUCUCAUGAUGUUUUGCUUCUAUGUCCACAAUGUCAUCAAAAAAGCAAUAUAUCAGAUUUAAAAGUUCGCACACAAUUGGCAAAACACUGUAACGCUCCAUAUCUAAAUGAUGAAGGAGGACCUAAAGUUAGUGAAAUUCCAGAAUUAAAACAACUUAGGUCAGCAGCAAGAGCUUUGAUGUAUAAUGGUGAACGUAUUCCUCAAUGGCGAAAGGAAGAAUUAGAGAAAAUCGUUUUAAAAAAUUAUCCUGAAGUUGAUAAAGUAAGCACUGCUAUGCUGGAAGAAUGUUUGAGUAUCGAUGUUGUGGAGAGCAUUGAUGGUUACACACCGCAUGGCUUAAAAGUCGUCCAGGAAUAUCAAGAAAAGUUUGGCGGACUCAUUGAGUUGGAGAAACUUUGGCGAGAACACUUUUUGAAUGUAAUGAAACCGAAGUACCUGCCGAACCUUUGGAAUGUUAACCACAAUGCUAAUAGAUUAGAAAUUCGUGCUAAUGAAGGACGAAUCGAAAAGGAUGAUAUGCUUAUUGCUGGGCUUGAUCCAUCGACUCUAGUCGAAGUCACUAAUCCUUUUUGUAGCCACGGAGCAAUGUUUUGAGAUGGUUUUUUUUGUGGAGGCUCCUACAAGGCUGGAGAGUGUUUUAAGAC